CUCACCUCAACAAUGGAGUUAUAGAUCAUCAUCUUCAAUUCUUUUCCUACAAUGGAUUCCCUUUCUUCCUCUUUCCUUCCCAAAUUGCCCCUCUACACCAAAACCACUAUUUCCACCACCACCACCACCACCGCCACCUCCGCCGCCGUAUUACCCUACAUUUCAUCCGUCAAGACCGAAGACAAGACGCAAACCACCACAAGGCCACCACUCAAGAAACAACCACCACCUCCACAACCGCCGCACGCCACGUACAUAACCCGAACACAUCAACUGAAAAAACCGUCGGAGCCACCAUCUCUGCCGGCGACAAUCAUCAAUGCAUUCGACUACUUCAUCAACACCUUCAUCGAUCCACCGCUCAAACCUUCACUCGACCCACGCUACGUCCUCUCUGACAACUUCGCCCCCGUGGACGAACUGCCCCCCACCGAGUGCCACGUGGUGGAGGGGUCCCUGCCCCCAUCCCUCGACGGCGCGUACAUCCGCAACGGCCCGAACCCGCAGUUCCUCCCCCGCGGGCCCUACCACCUCUUCGACGGCGACGGCAUGCUCCACUCCGUCAGAAUCUCCAACGGCAAAGCCACUUUCUGCAGCCGCUACGUUAAAACGUACAAAUACGAAGUCGAAAAAGAGCAAGGGUUUCCUGUUAUCCCAAAUGUGUUCUCCGGCUUCAACGGCCUCUCCGCCUCGGCGGCGCGUGGGGCAGUCACCGCCGCCCGGUUUCUCGCCGGGCAGUUCAAUCCGCUCAACGGCAUUGGGCUGGCGAACACCAGCCUAGCCCUAAUUAGCGGGAAAUUGUACGCUUUGGGCGAAUCGGAUCUACCUUACGCCGUUAAAAUUGACCCUAACGGCGAAAUCCACACCCUCGGCCGCCGUGAUUUUAACGGCAAGUUAACGAUGAGCAUGACGGCGCAUCCAAAAAUUGACGGCGAAACUGGGGAGACGUUCGCCUUCCGUUACGGUCCCAUGCCGCCAUUUUUAACCUUCUUCAGAGUUGAAUCUAACGGAGAGAAGCAGCCGGAUGUGCCGAUUUUCUCGAUGACGAGCCCUUCGUUUCUGCACGAUUUCGCAAUUACGAAAAAGUACGCGAUCUUCAACGAGAUGCAGAUCGGAAUGAAUCCGAUGGAGAUGGUGGCCGGCGGUUCUCCGGUGGGGGCGAACGCCGGAAAAGUGCCGAGGAUCGGCGUCAUACCGCGGUACCGGAAAUGCGGUGGUUCGAGGUGCGGGUUCAACAUGGUGCACGCGGUCAGCGCGUGGAUGAGGACGGCGGGAUCGGUGGUUGGUGGCGCGAAUAUACUGUCGGUGGAGCACACCCUGGAGAGGAUGGUAGUACACGCGUCGAUCGAGAAGGUGACGAUUGACCUCAAGACCGGCACGGUGGCGCGCCACCCGAUCUCCACCCGGAAUUUGGAUUUCACGGUGAUUAAUCCGGCCUUCGUCGGAAAAAAGCACAAGUAUGUUUACGCAGCAGUGGGGGACCCAAUGCCGAAAAUAUCGGGGAUAGUCAAGCUCGACGUGUCGGUAUCGGAGAACGACCGUCGCGACUGCAUAGUGGCAAGCCGGAUGUUCGGCGACGGUUGCUUCGCCGGAGAACCCUUCUUCGUGGCGAGGCAGCCGGAAAAUCCAAACGCCGACGAGGAUGACGGCUAUGUGGUCGUUUAUACGCACGAUGAAAAUACCGGAGAGUCGAGGUUUUUAGUAAUGGAUGCAAAGUCACCUAAUCUCGAGACCGUUGCCGCCGUGAGGCUGCCCCGUCGGGUCCCGUACGGCUUCCACGGUCUCUUCGUUAGAGAAAGUAACCUUAACAAGCUAUGAGAAAAAUCCGUAUAAAUUUCUCGGGUGCGAAUUGGCUCUACAUAUAUAUACUUUAUAUAUAUGCUAUCUACACCUGGUGAACUACACCGAUUAUAUUCUAUCGUACAUAUGUAUAUAUACAUAUAUAUUUUAUGCACACACGCCUGUAUAUGUUUACGAUUGUGCACACAAAUAAAAUGUUAGAAUUUACUCGGUGUAUUUCACCACCAGAUAUAAGAUAUUAUAAAUAGUACAUAUAUAUGUGCAAGAAUGUAAUUACAUCACAACAAUGUAAAAGAAGUUAUAAAUCUUAAAGUUGUGAGAAUAGUAUACUACUCUUUCCAUUU